AUGCUACAUCAAUGGCCCACCUACGCCUUCCUGCAAUCAUCUUCUGCCCCAAGUGUAGCAGCUGCAUCAAUCUGUGCAGCCACCAAUGGACUGAAAGUGGAAAAGAGCCAUCCUGAUCUGCGAGGGACCGUCCGUGAUGAUGAUGGGAUGAUGAUGUUACUGCACCCCGACAGCUCCAUGAUUCAGAAAAUGCCAAAGAAAAUCGAUCUUAAACGUGCUGCAGGUUUACAUUUCCAGAUGUUGCUUUCACUUGGGAUUAAUCUUGAAGAUCUGUCUACCCCAGUGACCUGUGCAGUUCAGAAGGUGGAAGGUGAAGAAUGUGCACCAAAGAAAGAGGCGCUGAUAGAAGAAAUGCCUGUGCAGGAUCCAACACCCACCACUUGUGUUUCAACAAACCAAGUGCAACACAAGCGUUCGGCUGAAACAACAAACAGUGAAAUCUCAUCUAAAAGAAGACUGAAAGAACGACUACUACACACGCCUGCUACAGGGUGUACAGGUUUGAUAAAUGGUAGGCCUGUAUCUAAACGGAUAAGUACUGGUCAUUUCUCAGCAUGGGGGGUUGAAGAUGAUGAAGUCCUAUACUACAUGCAGAAAGAUAGUCAAUCUGCGGAUCCGGUAUCUGUUCCAACACCUUAUCAAGAAGCAUCCUUACAGAACCACAACAACUGUGCAAACCAAAUUGACAGCUAUACCAUCUCCCCAUUUAGAGCGACCCAGACCAGCAAAAAGUGUAAACACUUUGCAACCUGGAUGAGAUCUAACUCAAAAACGAGCCCAAAGACUUUGCUUUAUUCUCACUUCAGUAAGAGUCCAGUCAGCUUACCCAAAGGAUCCAGUAACUGCGAUGAGAAUGAUUCUCCCAAUUCAAAGGAGACAUGGAUUUGCGACACUUGUUUGAUAACAAAUAAAGCUCCAGCAGUUAGAUGCAGGGGCUGUGAGGUACUAAAAUGUGGAUUACCACUGCAAAGAGAAUGGAUUCCAGAUGCUGAUGUGAGUUUAUCCACAAAUUUUAAAGGGAUCCAGAAAAAUGAAAUGAGCACUCAGACACAGAGACGUACCUAUAUUUGCAAGGUGGAAAGUAAUAGAACAACAACCCCGCAGAUCACCAGCAGCGCAGCAGAAAUGUUUACAUGUUCACCAAGCUUUACCACUUCUUCUCAGAUGACUGAUGCAAUGUGUUUUGUCACAAAAAUGGACCCUUCAAGAGACUCAUCAGAUGGCAGCCCAGAUGAAAUUCUUCCAACUGGCACAGCUUCUCCAAAUAUUCCCUCACCCACUGGAAUAAACCCUUCGACUUGCUUGCUCCCUGUGUCCCCAGGAACUGGCCUUGAUGAAACUGUUCCCUCAGGAAGCUGGAAAUUAUCUGAUAGUGUGGAAGAGCAUAGAGAUUCCCAAGUCCAAGAAAUUAGCACCCAGACACAGAGAAGUACCAACAAAAACAGGGUGGAAAGCAGUGCAGUGGAAACCCCUCAGAUCAUCUGUAGCAUAAUAGAAGUAUCUAUAUGCUCACCGAUCUUAACUACUUCUCAGAUUCCUUGUGCAAUUUGUUCUGUCACACAAACGGAUCCUUCAAGUGACUCUUGGAGUGACUCUUCAAAUGUCAGUAUACAUGAACCUCUUUCAACUAGCACAGAGAGUGCAAAUACUCCCUUACCCACUGAAAUAAACACUUCUACUUGCUCGCUCUCUGCUUCUUCUGGAACUGAGCUUGAUGAAAUUGUCCCCUCAGGAAGCUGGAACCAAUGGGACAGUGCGGAAGAGUAUAAAGAUUCCCAAGUCCAAGAUAAAACUGUAGCAACAAUGUCCUACUGGAUUCAAGAUCCACCCAUCUCUAUAACAUUCCCACGUAUUUUUGACCCACCUGUCUAUGCAACAAGCGACUCGGCAGUACUAUCCAUGAUUAAUAUGCCUCCAUCAUCCAGGUCAGAUAUGAACACAACAGUGGUCUCCACCACACCAUUUCAGGCCCCACCUUUUGUUGUUGGAUGCUCUAAUGAAACAGGCAACAACAAUUUUAAUUCUGGAAUGGAUGGAUCCUCUCUCAACUUCCUUCCUGUUUUUGGACAGGCACGUAACACAGAAGUGGCUAAUGCUUAUCUUACUGAGAAUCCUUCACCAUAUCAAUCUACAGAAGCUGGUUUCCACUUUCCUAGUAACUUGGUUCCAAAUUGUACUUUUGGUCAUCCAACCAAUAACGUCUUUCAAUUUGGUGCAAACAACACAAAUCAGUCAACUUUUCAGGAAUCGUUCAGUUUUGCACCCAACUCCAGCACUUGGGCACCGACACUACCGAACGCAGCUCAAUCCAGUUGCUACUCCCAUCGAAAAAUAAAGACUGCCGUAUACAGACGAAGAUGAAACAACCAGUACAUCUCGGUAGCUAGUGUCUGAUGUUACAUCGCACAGACUGUCUUGCAAUGUUGCAUCCAUUUAGCUUGUCCGCUGUACCAAAAUAAAUGAAAGGCACCCUCUUUUCUUGGCUUCUCCCUGACAUUCAGAUUCAUUUUGUGCAGUUGAAGGUUAUCGGCAAAACAUAACUCAAC